AUGUCGUGGUUAAGCGCAACCGCCGUCUUCCUAACAGUCGGCCUCCAUGCUCCGCCCGCCGCUGUCCCCAGCACCGCCGCAGCCCCCGACGGAGUCAUUCCCGGCGAGGGCACCUCUCCCUACAUCCUCGACACGGGCGUGGAAGUCUAUCAUACCAACUUCGCCGGUCGCGCGGUGAAAGGGGGCACAGCGCGCAGCCAGAAGUAG